AGUGGUGGCAAGAGUACGGUAAGAUAUAACAAAAAAAAAAAGAACAAAGAAAUUACAGUUCUGCUGUGGUUUGGACAAGUCAAGAUACAAACGAAGAGGGUUUAAGUGCAGUGGAGCCGAUUUUCGUCGUUGUGGUGAAAAAGUCGAUCUAGUUGAGAUACAUCAAAAGGAUGCGAAAGUAGAAGAUGACAACGUCACGUAGACGGACAUUCUAAUAUGGCUGUGAUGAUGCUGUUGUAUCAACAAAAAUUUGUGUUCACCGACGGCAGAAUCAAGGAUGAAGGCACUGAUUAAAUUGCAUAAGUAGUACAAGUAACAGUAGGCAGGAGCGCGCGAUUCCACCAUGGUCGUCAUUUGCCACUGAAAACUUAAGCAUUGAAAUGUAACCUAAGUUAACAGUUAAGGGUGACAAUGCGUGUUUGCAAAUUGACGCAAAAUGACGUCCCAUUAUCCAGUAAUUGUAAUAACGGCACAUGACGUUAUCAUCGAUGACGGCAGAGUUAUGAACAUAAUAUUUACUUCAUAUGGCAGUCGAUAAAUACGUACACUAUAGAUGGAUUGAAACAGCACCGAUUUGAACUUACGUGGAGAUUAGCAGCGACCUGAUGUGUCUGCAAUCGUUCAUUGUUUCUUCUCCGUACCCGCUGUUCCUGGGUACAUUCCUCGUAUUAAGUAACCGUAGAUAUUGCCGCUAGACAUUACUUUCAAAGAUUAUCAACAAUGCUUCUGUAACACGCAGACUUAACAUGGAGCCUAUUAUUUCCGAUGCUGCGAUAGAACCUGCUGAUCCUUUCACCAUGAAUGAAUCAAACUCCAUUGAGCCGACUGAAGAUGAAUGGGUUCUAUACGAACAGAGAAUGAGGAGAAAGUUGCGAUUCUUUUUAAUGAACCCCAUUGAAAAAUUCCAGGCGAAAGGUCGUCUACCGUGGAAACUGGUCUUGCAAGUCGUAAAGAUCAUUGUUGUCACACUGCAGCUCGUGCUUUUCGGUUAUGACAGCUACGCGUUUCAACGGCAACAUCGGGACACGAAUAUAGCCUUGGACCACAUGUUCCUCGAAGAUUGGACAGCUGCUAGAGAGGUAGCCUCGUAUCCGCCAUCCGCAGGCCCCUACGCCGUCUACACGAAGAAAGACUUUUACAGGCAUCUCGAUACAGUUGUUAGACGCUACACAAAUGUUACGAAGACAGCAGUCGCCCCCCUGGGCUACGAUACCAAAGAUGGCGAACUGGGCAACUUGACCUUUUGCAAAACGCAAUACGGACUAAGACAUAUGACGCCGUAUAAUGAAAUUCUGAUCUUUGAUAACAUCCAGCAGACGGAAUGCCUUACGGUCGAGAUGCUGUGGAAGAAGAAUGACAAACAAUGGCAGAACUUUUCAAUGAAGGACUAUGCAGAGAAGAACAAUUUUAGUUUAGAGUUUGAGCGCCUCAUCCAGGCGAAUGUUAUGUUUGCCCUAAAGACGGUUUACCUAAAAAGUAUGAGUCCAUUCGAUCUGCCCGAAUGCUACAAAUACGACGUGAACGUUAAGUAUAAUAACGCGGCGCAUGAUGGUCAGAUUUUAAUCACGCUGAUGACCGCUAGUACAAAGCUGAACUGUCAGACCAAUAUACAUUAUGAAGCAACAAGCGAAGCGGAAAUUAUUUUCCGUCAGUUCAUGAACGGCAUCGUCAUUCUCCUCUGUUCUAGUUCGUUAGUACUGUGUUUCCGAUCGCUUUUACGGGGCCAAGCUUUGCGGUCACAAACAGAGGUGUUUUUUUGGCAGAAAAACCGUACCGCAUUGACGUGGAGUGACAAGCUUGAUUUUGUGGACUUUUGGUACGUUAUGAUUAUUACCAAUGACGUGCUCAUUAUUAUAGGGUCCCUAAUCAAGAUACAACUUGAACAGCGCUUGAUCGAUGGGACCCAAUAUAAUUUCUGCAGCACUCUAUUGGGUUUCGGCAAUCUGCUGGUAUGGGCGGGUGUUUUACGUUACCUUGGCUUCUUCCAAAAGUAUAAUAUUCUCAUUCUGACAAUGAAACGAGCCACACCAAACAUUCUGCGUUUCCUGUUGUGCGCUAUACUCUUAUAUAUGGGAUUCUGUUUCUGUGGAUGGGUGGUACUUGGUCCGCAUAACAUCAAAUUUCGGUCGCUUAGUUCAACGUCAGAAUGUCUCUUCGCUCUGAUGAACGGCGAUGAUAUUUUUGCGACGUUCGCUAUUAUGGGAGAAAGCACUGGUGUGAUAUGGUGGUUUUCUCGAAUUUAUCUCUACAUGUUCCUCAUUCUGUUCAUAUAUUGUGUGAUUUCGUUGUUUCUUUCAGUCAUUAUGGACUCUUAUGAAACGAUACGGGAAUCAUAUGAUCAGGAUGCUUAUCCAUCACAUCUAUGGAAAUUCAUCAAUAAGAAGGAUACACUGAAUAAACAUAAAGGUCAAAAUCAGGAUGACGAACGGAAGUUCUAAAAUGGGCCAUCCGAAUUCUUGGAGCCAGCCUCACUACAUCUCAAUGGCCCAAUAGAAUCUUCAAGAAAUAACCAAGAACUUCUAAAAGAUCUAUUUGGUAGACGUUUCUUUUCACAACAAAGGCGGAACCGAACAGCAAAUCAAGGCUAUAAUGAGCCUGGGUAUUGAACUUGGCGCAGUUAACCACGAUUAUAUAUAAAAAAAAUUAGGGCAUUAAUGAAAAGUAUCCGCUGUUCUUUUAUUAAGACUCAUAAAAGCCACAUCUACUGUGUGGUUUUGUUGUUUUACCAGUUAUUACAAACUUUAAAGCUACAUAGGUUUAUUUCCCUUACUACUCGAUCAUGCCACUUGAUAAUAGAGAUCUAUCGAAAUAUCUGUCGAGUUCGAAGCAGUAUGCCCCGUUUCAAAUGUGUACGGCUUUCUGAUUACCGGACGCCAAAUGGCAAAAGAAUGAAGCGUCGACAGUCAACCAUGGAGCGUUCCAUAGCUGUAGUAAAACAAUCUGUUUUGUACAAAGGUAGAACUUGUAUCAGCGCAAGGGAACCAAACUUUAUUUUUGGUCUUUUAUAGCCAUAGCUGCAUAACUUUUCAAGUGAUCUAAGCAUGUCUGAGAUUACAUGGCACGUUUUAUUUUUCGGUGAAACUGAGGUGCCGUCAAUUUAUCGCACUUGGUCUUUCUGCUAUUCCUCAUCAUAGUAUAUAUAAUAGCCUUACAGGAUUCAAUUUCAGAGACGGUAAGUCCGCUGUGCGGCAGACUGCCCCUAGUGUGACGUAUUUUUGGAACUUGCCAAAUAAUUAUAUGGCUAUUGUUUUGCCCCAAUCAGAAUAACGUAACGGUUGAGCCAAACGUAGUUGUAACGGCAAUUAAUUAGCGUUAUAUAGAUGUUUUAUUGGUAAUUGGAACUGCUGUUAUUAAUUUGUACAGAAUACAUAAGAUCCGGAUAUACAGAUAUAAUUGUUUGUGACAGUACUUCUUCCUGACGUUGAAUUUAGCAGUGCGCGUACAGCCGCUCGUGAGGUUCAUUAAUGGCGGAGGUAAACAUGAAAUGUACCUAUUAAAUCUAAUUGUACGAUGGAGAUAGUCUAGGGAUUCGGGGAUGCCGUCGUAUUAUACGAAAGAGAAAUGAUAUGUGAAUGAAUAAAGGAAAUAAUUCUAAAAAAUUACUUGCCUACUACUUAUCUUUGAUUACUUCGCAACCGUUUUUUGUUGCUUUUGAGGAACUGUGUGCACGGACGAGUAAAUCUAAAACGGCAUUAUAAACUGAAUAGAGUCUUUAAAUUUCAUAAUACACUAUGAAUAAACAAGUUAACAUACAUAGUUGGUCACUAAAAGGGUCAAAUUAGAUUGCCAAUCAAUGUCCGCUUAUUCGAAAUCGAAAUCGUGAGUUGAGGUUUGCUAAAUUCUUACAGAAAAUCAAAAUGCAGACCCGUUUCCUCAAUAAGUUUAAAAGGUCUGAAUAUAAAUGAUAAUUUUAAUCACACUUACGUUAAUCAUUUUAUAUCCCUACUUAUUUGCUAGGCGUAAAAAGUCCAACACUAUAUAUGUAUUAUGUGUAUACCUUAUCGCGUACGUAUUUACAUUUUACACUACGUUUCGUAAUAUAGUUCAGUUUGGGUUUUCCUGCUUAAUUGUUGAGAAACUUUCAUCACUUACAAUCAGUAUAACACAAUAAAAUUUAUCGUUACUGGGAAAAGCGAGGAGCAUGAUGUAGCCGAUGGAGGCGCGAAAAAAAUGUUCGUCGAAAAAGAAUAGAUCUCGUAGGUGUUAACCAGUGUUCGCGCAGAUUUGCGCAGGUACUUGUGGUCGCCCAUAGGAGAUUGUUAUACACGAGAUGCACAAAAAAAUCAUGUUGUGACACGCCAAUGUCAAUUUUUCGAGACUUAGCUAUAUACCACAAGAUACGUAAAUCCAUUUGAGAUAAAAAGAAGAAUAAAUAAUUUAUCGAUUGUCCACACUUUCGUGGAAGUCCACGUUACUCAAGGUGGCUUAAUUUCA